GUAGGAAGUUCUCUCCCUGAGCCUUUUUUUGCAGCCUGUACUGUAUCAGAGGGCUGAGAACACGAGUUGAUAACUUCCUAACUUAUAGAAGGACAUCUGCCUGACUUGCUGACAAUAUUUCUGUGUCUACUUAGGAAUUAUAAUCACAAGGACACAUGGCGAUGUCUAAUGUAGUGGACAAUCACCAUACAGAGAUGCCCUAUCGUCGCCAACAUACUGCACUGGGCUCUCCCACCCAGCACCAGUGCACACAAGAACAGCAAAACCUCCACACCCAUCUGUCAAGCACAGAGACCUCUGAUGAGCAUUCAAGGAUGUCCUCCGUUCCUGAGGUUAUAUAUAAGACGUGGAGUCAAGUACGUCGGUGUCUUCUUCUAGCUGUGGCUGUGCUGUACAUGAUGUGGCAGCACUUCAAAGCCUUCAUUUUAUUGUGGUGUAGUAUUUCAUGCCAAGGACAUUCUAAAAAUAAAAGAAACUUGAGUGUGAAUGCAGAAGUCGACAUGCUCUCUUAUUGUUCUAAAAAAUGGAAAGGGGAAGCCCUUAAUGCUAAGCAGAUGAAGAAGGCUUAUGAAGAUGUGUAUUGGAGACAUAACAUCAAGACCUUACAACCUGUUAAAGAGGAUAACUACUGUGUGCUUAGAACGGUCAUGUUCCAGGUUUUCAGUCAAGCAAUCCCUUUCCCUGGAUGGAUGAAGGAGAAAGAUAUACUUAAGCUUCCUGAAAAGCUCUUAUAUUCUCAAGGAUGCAACUGGAUACAGCAAUUCAGUUUUGGCCCAGAAAAAUAUGCUGGUCCAAAAGUCUAUGCAAAACUACGUAGCUGUCUAGAACUCUUCAAAAAUGAGUGGGUAGAUUUUUGUGCAUCUAAAGAUCGGGUGGAAAGGAACAGAAUGUGCAGAUCAUUUUUUUCUGAUGACACCAAAGAGAAUAAAGUAUAUGAAGCUGUAAAAUUCAUCAUGUUGUACUUAGUGAUUGAGGCUCAUGAAAAUCUGAAGACUGAAGAACAAAUUCCCAGCUUCUUCCACUUUCUUUUUUCACAAGACACUUGUGCUGAUCCCCUGAGCUACAUGAUGAACCAUUUGAACAUGGUUGGAGAUACUAUAGGUCUUGAACAGGCUGAACUCUGUUUGGUGGGCUAUGCUCUUGAAGUUAGAAUAAAAGUGCUGCGGUUGACUAAAUUUAACACAGACGACUUUGAAAUUAUUUAUCCUGCGGAUCACAAACGAGACUGGCAUGAGAUUACUUUAAUGACGGAUGACGAUCGGCACUAUAACAUACCAGUCAUUGCCAAAUAAAUCAUCUGCUACUAGGUUUCCAAGAGAGACAAUAUCACCUGUAAAUACCAGUUGUGAUUUGUUGACAAAAAUUUUAUAUAUUUUCUUCUAUUGGGGAAUUCACUUACUCCUUAUUAAAUAUUCUAAUGGCGAAUAAACUGUGCUCUCCAGGUAGAAGUUAUUCCUAUUAUCCCAAAAGGUGAAUUAUGGUUGGAAUAAACACUAUGGGCGGCAUUUAUCAUUGUAGGUGUAAGUGAAGCAUUUUUCAACACCUUUUUGUGUGUUGGUAAUGUGUAGGAGCACCAAAUGUAUUAAAUGGUCACAGAGCAUUUGAUACAUUUUGUGCAGGUCACAUUUUCUGAAAAUUCUCACUUCACAUACACCAAAAAGCUAAGCUAAGUCUGGGCCAGUGUAAUUUUAGAGACUUUUCAGUGGCUUUGCGCCUUUUUUGCACCUUUUCACAAAAAGGCGCAGUUCAUAAAACCCUUCUAUAUCAUGUGUAUUGCCAAAAUCAGUGGAUUGCAAAUCAGCAGAAAUGUGUAAAUCAAAAGGCACAAAAAAGGCGCAGAUAAACCCUGCUUGCACCUUUUGUGUGCCUUUUCUAGACACGAAAAAACAGUCUAAAAACAAUGAUAAAUGUCGGCCAAUGGGUAUGUAGUACAAAAUCUGUUAUUUGAGAUACUAGGCUUGUUCAUUUGUACAGAAAUGUACUUAAAGUUGUAAGUUUAAUUGGUGUAUAAUAAUGGUUGAUUCUUUAUUCACAGUAGUGUCAUAGUGCAUAUGUGAAAGGCUGUAUAUGAGUGCUAAUAACAAGCUUAGAAAUAAACUAUAAAUGAACCUAAAACUAUGAGUAGAGAUGAUAAAACUAGAGUAAAUGAAAAGUGAUUGUCUCUGUAGAAAGAGCCCCUUAGAACUGCGAGCCCCAAAAGGGACAGGGACUGGGGUGAUAAUCUCUGUACGAAAAAGGUCAGGACUAUUUAAAUAAAUCCAUAACGGAAAAACAAAUGGGCAACAUUUAUUGCUCUUGAUGCAGAUACAGAGUGUCUUGUUUUUUUAUUUAAUGUGCAGACAUGAAUACAUCACUUGCCUAGUGGCUCAGACAAACCAAACUUCUGUGCAGGUCACAGCUGUUUCACACUAAACUUGUGCUUCAUCAGACCAUCCCCCACUGUAUACGACCCUGGGUAUAAAUACAUCCACACUUUGAUCUAACUAAAGACAAACCAAUACCCAAGUAAAGAACAAAAAAAAUAUUUAUAACCUAACCUUUUGUUAAGACCCAAGUUCUCUUGUGCAUUAGUUAACAGGACCUACUUGUUUCUGCUUGCAAAAGGGAUUUUCCUAUAGCCUCACCUUCUCUAGGUUUAAUUCUUUCAAUUCCAUAGAACUUGCUCAGGUUACUACAGCUACCUUCAUGGGCUUCUAAGAUAUGUUGAAUAAACCCAAGUGACCCCUUUCUAGAUUUAACAUUGUUAAAUGGCACAUGGCUCAUUUUGUGCUGCCAAUGUAGAAUCAUCCACAACUGCAUACAUGCAAGUGGCAUACACUACCCAACAUGUUCUACAAGUUAUUAAACUAUAAAAAAAAAAUAAUAAUAAAUAGAAUGUUGCCUUGGGCCCUGCUCUCGGAAUCACUAGAAACAGGAAGAAGCCAUGGUCAACCAGGAGUUUCCACUGUGGUGGCAUAUUGCUGGCUGCCACGGCCAACAAUACACUGAGCAA